AUGCCCGGUGUACCAACCGGCCGGGCCUGUGAUGCCUGUCGCAAGCAAAAGAAAAAGUGUGACGAACAACAACCCACCUGUUCGCGCUGCGCCCGCCUCAAUGUGAAAUGCAUAGGCUCAGGCAAGCAACGCUUCAAAUUCCAAGAAGAAAAGCGGUUUUUUACACCCGAACUACCAAGAGCAAAUGCCAAAUCCGAACCAAGAUCUGCUCGGCAAAACGUCAUUGCAAAACCAAUCCAGCACAUCUACAUGCAUGUCCCAUCAGGAUCGCCCUUCCCAGGCCCUUCCAACGAACUGACAAACCUAACAACGGCUUUCAUCCGAACAAUCAAACGCUCCACAGAUCUCCGCUACAAUAUGUGGUGGAGCUUCGGCACAUUCCUAGAAGAAGUGCCCCGCCGUCUAGGCUCUAAUGAGGCGCUAGACCGCGCUGUGGACGCCGUAUCUACUGCCCAUAGAGACUUUUGUACCCACCGCGAAGCAUCGACGAACGCAUUAGCUAAAUACUCUCAAGCUCUGCGCACAAUUCGCGUGUAUCUAGAUGACAAGGCCUAUGCGCAGUCUUCUAGCACGCUUUGUGCGGUUAUGAUCUUAUUAAUCUGUCAGGCUUUUCUGGGUCCGUCGACUCAGGGCUGGUCUGGACAUGCGGAAGGCGCAGCAGCGAUCCUAAAGGCGAGGAAGCAUUUUGGACCAAGGGAUGAUUUUGAGAAGAAAUUAUUUCUUUCGAUGCGUGGGACAGUGUUAUUUGAAGGUCUUUUCAACAAUCGAAUCAAGCUUACGCCUGAAGAAUGGACUCUUCUAGUGAAAAAUGAUCUCGACUCACAUACCCUUGAGGGCCAGAUGUUGGAGUAUCUAUCCCAAGCACCCGAUUUAAUACGCCGCAGCAAAGAAGCAUUGCGAACCGGUUACGACACGACAUCCGUACGCGAUGAAGUAUGGGCCAUCUAUCAGAACUGCAAGACAACUUUGAGCUCACUCCAACUACGGGCGAGUGAGAACAUCAUUACCGAGCUCGACAUUACUCAGAUCCCGGCGCGUGAGCAGCCUUUGGUUCGCUCAAUCAUGUACGCGCACUACGAACGCACGUACGGACUAGGGCUGACGAUUUCACUAUUCUUCAACUGUGUCCUUGGUGGACUAGGGGCUCAUGAUGGCGGGAGCCUUUUUGACGCGAAUUAUUUUGCGGAAGAGGUUCUUGCGCUUGUGGAUCGUUCGGUGAUCUGGCGGCCGGUUGGGGCGGGGUAUCUUAUUCUAGGUUGUAGUGCUGCUUGGGCUGCUACGACGGAUCCACUACUAAGGGCCAGGCUUUUGGUUGCAAUAAACGACUAUGGCUCGGAUUUGAGGAAGCGGGACCCGAAUUUUCUGAUUAAAGAACUGCACUGGACGGCAGAACAUUUGCGUCUUGGAACGCGGUUGGGAAAGGAAGAGUAUCUCCAUGAGAUGCGGGAAACGAUGUCGAUAUGA